GAAUUUAGAAUUGUCUUUGCUACGUCAGUGAAUGUACGGGACAAACUCAAAGCUAUUCUUUUAAACGUUAUUUUACAGAUUGUUUGGUCUUCUUGAUACCUUGUACUAGAAUCAACUAAAUCACCAUCAAAAUGGCACAGAGUCAACCUCGUCAGAACUUCCAUUUGGAAAGUGAAGCAGGCAUCAACCGCCAAGUAAACAUGGAGCUGUAUGCUAGCUAUACUUAUCAGUCUAUGGCUUUUUACUUUGAUCGCGAUGAUGUUGCUUUGCCUGGAUUCAGCAAAUUUUUCAAGCAUUCUUCUGAAGAAGAAAGAGAACAUGCCGAGAAAUUGAUGAAAUACCAAAACAAACGUGGUGGACGAGUUGUUCUCCAAGAUAUCAAGAAACCCGACCGUGAUGAAUGGGGUACUGGAUUAGAAGCCAUGCAGGUUGCUCUACAACUGGAGAAAAAUGUCAACCAGUCUCUCUUGGAUCUACAUGCCGUUGCCGAUAAACACAAUGACCCCCAGAUGCAAGAUUUCUUGGAAGGUGAAUACUUGAAGGAACAGGUUGACUCCAUCAAGGAGAUAUCUGACUACAUCUCCCAACUAAAACGAGUUGGUACCGGACUUGGAGAAUACAUCUUCGACAGGGAAACCCUUGGUAGCAGUUAAACACAUGUCUCAAAAUAUGCCAGUGAGCUGAGAACCCGCUUGGUUUCUUAAUCAAAUACUCCGGGUUAUAUUGAAAUAAAUAAAAAGAACAUUUCAAAGCAA